GGGGGGCUGUAGGGGAACAGAGGAGCGGACCCGGGUCACAAGGGCGGGCAGGAUCCCCAUCCCACCGCGGGAAGGGCCGUCCUGGCUCUUUCCGCACUCCCGGGACUCCCGCUGCCCAUUCGCCCACGCCGGACGCCCCCGAGCAAGCCCCUCCUCACCCUCCGACGCCCCCAGCAGUUCCAGACCCCGCCGCAACAGGGCCGCCGACAUGUCUGCGCUUAGCUCCGCCCACGCGCCUGACGCUAUUUCCGCUUUGGCUGCGCUCACCCUUUCGCUGGAAACCCGGGCCGGAAGAAAAGGUUCCGGAGUAGGCGGGCGGAAGUGCCACCUUCCUUAGAACGCAUGCGUUAGAGGUUGCCUAGUUUACCACAGACAGGGAAGAGGGACAAGGGCAGGGGGCGGGGCCAGUGUGCAGAAGGACACAUUUGUUGGCCAAUCCAAACCCGACUAUAUUAUGCGAUCCCGGAAGACGUCCACAACUCGUCCAGCCUGGUUGGUGAACCCUCUCAGAGCUGAAGCUCCGUGGUGGGCGGGGCGAGCCUGGGACGAGGCGGAAUGGUUCCAAAAAAGGAAACGUUUUGCGGUUGAGUCGGGCUCCUAGUGAUCCUAUAAGACAGAGUAGAACUACCCGAUGGGGUUUUCAAGGAGCGGCUGGUGCAUUCCAACUGUCAACUUUUGGCUAGCAGCCAACUCUUAACCACUGAGCCACCAGUAAAAGCGUUCUCAAUUUUUACCAAAAAACGAAACAGGCCUGGAGCUGGUGGGGUGACGUACACGUCUCCGCCUUUCAAGGCCCAGCCCACACGCUGCUCAGAACGAACGUCCCCCACAUGUCCCCCUCUGCCCGACUCCUGAUGGCUUGUGUUUGCACAGUGACGGGGAGCUCACCACUUACCAACUUCUAAAGAGUGCUGCAGGGCUCCCCGCCCAGCGCCGACAUGGCUGAGAGCUCCUCGCAGCCCGCCUCAUCUGCUGCAGCCCCAGCCGCUGAGCCCGGUGUCACAGAGCAGCCGGGGCCCCAGAGCCCCCCUCCCUCCCCUCCAGGCCUGGAGGAGCCCCUGGAUGGAGCUGAUCCUGACGUCCCACACCCUGACCUGGCUCCUGUUGCCUUUUUCUGCCUGCGACAGACCACCAGCCCUCGGAACUGGUGCAUCAAGAUGGUGUGUAACCCGUGGUUUGAGUGUGUCAGCAUGCUGGUGAUCCUGCUGAACUGCGUGACGCUGGGCAUGUACCAGCCUUGUGACGACAUGGACUGCCUGUCGGACCGCUGUAAGAUCCUGCAGGUCUUUGAUGACUUCAUUUUCAUCUUCUUUGCCAUGGAGAUGGUGCUCAAGAUGGUGGCCCUCGGCAUUUUUGGCAAGAAGUGCUACCUUGGGGACACAUGGAACCGCCUGGAUUUCUUCAUUGUCAUGGCAGGAAUGGUCGAGUACUCCCUGGACCUUCAGAACAUCAACCUGUCGGCCAUCCGCACCGUGCGUGUCCUGAGGCCCCUCAAAGCUAUCAACCGUGUGCCCAGUAUGCGGAUCCUGGUGAACCUACUUCUGGACACAUUGCCCAUGCUGGGGAAUGUCCUCCUGCUCUGCUUCUUCGUCUUCUUCAUCUUUGGGAUCAUUGGUGUGCAGCUCUGGGCGGGCCUGCUGCGGAACCGUUGCUUCCUGGAGGAGAACUUCACCAUACAAGGGGAUGUGGCCCUGCCCCCCUAUUACCAGCCAGAGGAGGAUGAUGAGAUGCCCUUCAUCUGCUCCCUGUCGGGGGACAAUGGCAUCAUGGGCUGCCACGAGAUCCCCCCGCUCAAGGAACAGGGCCGAGAGUGCUGCCUGUCCAAGGAUGACGUCUACGACUUUGGGGCAGGGCGCCAGGACCUCAACGCCAGUGGCCUCUGUGUCAAUUGGAACCGCUACUACAAUGUGUGCCGCACGGGCAGCGCCAACCCGCACAAAGGUGCCAUCAACUUUGACAACAUUGGCUACGCCUGGAUUGUCAUCUUCCAGGUGAUCACUCUGGAAGGCUGGGUGGAGAUCAUGUACUACGUGAUGGACGCACACUCCUUCUACAACUUCAUCUACUUUAUCUUGCUCAUCAUAGUGGGCUCCUUCUUCAUGAUCAACCUGUGCCUCGUUGUCAUAGCGACCCAGUUCUCGGAGACCAAGCAGCGGGAGCACCGGCUGAUGCUGGAGCAGCGGCAGCGCUACCUGUCCUCCAGUACAGUGGCCAGCUAUGCUGAGCCGGGCGACUGCUAUGAGGAGAUCUUCCAGUACGUCUGCCACAUCCUGCGCAAGGCCAAGCGCCGUGCCCUGGGCCUCUACCAGGCUCUGCAGAGCCGGCGCCAGGCCCUGGCCCCGGGGGCACCCAGCCCCACCAAGCCUGGGCCCCAGGCCAAGGAGCCCAGGCACUACAAGCUGUGCCCAAGACACAGCCCCUUGGACCCGACGCCCCACACACUGGUGCAGCCCAUCUCUGCUAUGCUGGCCUCCGACCCUGCCUGCUGUCCCCGCUGCCAGCGUGAGGCUGGCCGGCAGCCCUCGGGCCUGGGCAGCACUGACUCGGGCCAGGAGGGCUCAGGCUCCAGGGGCUCAGGCAGGGGCUCGGAUGAGGCAGAGGGGGACGGGACCCGGAGCAGCGAAGACGGGGCCUCCUCGGGGCUGGGCAAGGAGGACGAGGAGGAGCAGGCGGAUGGGGCAGCCCAGCUGUGUGGGGACGUGUGGAGGGAGACACGUGCGAAGCUGCGGGGCAUUGUGGACAGCAAGUACUUCAACCGGGGCAUCAUGAUGGCCAUCCUGGUGAACACAGUCAGCAUGGGCAUCGAGCACCAUGAGCAGCCCGAGGAGCUGACCAACAUCCUGGAGAUCUGCAACGUGGUCUUCACGAGCAUGUUCGCCCUGGAGAUGAUCCUGAAGCUGGCUGCCUUCGGGCUCUUCGACUACCUGCGCAACCCCUACAACAUCUUCGACAGCAUCAUUGUCAUCAUCAGCAUCUGGGAGAUAGUGGGGCAGGCAGACGGCGGCCUGUCGGUGCUGCGGACCUUCCGGCUGCUGCGGGUGCUGAAGCUGGUGCGCUUCAUGCCCGCGCUGCGGCGCCAGCUGGUGGUGCUCAUGAAGACCAUGGACAAUGUGGCCACCUUCUGCAUGCUGCUUAUGCUCUUCAUCUUCAUCUUCAGUAUCCUUGGGAUGCACAUCUUUGGCUGCAAAUUCAGCCUCCGCACGGACACAGGUGACACAGUCCCCGACAGGAAGAACUUUGACUCCCUGCUGUGGGCCAUUGUAACGGUGUUCCAGAUCCUCACCCAGGAGGACUGGAAUGUUGUCCUCUAUAACGGCAUGGCCUCCACCUCCCCGUGGGCCUCCCUCUACUUUGUCGCCCUCAUGACCUUCGGCAACUACGUGCUCUUCAAUCUGCUGGUGGCCAUCCUGGUGGAGGGCUUCCAGGCAGAGGGUGACGCCAAUCGCUCCUACUCAGAUGAGGACCAAAGCUCAUCCAACAUGGAGGAGUUUGACAAGCUCCAGGAGGGCCUGGACAGCGGGGGAGACCCCAAGCUCUGCCCAGCCCCCAUGACCCCCAAUGGGCACCUGGACCCCAGUCUUCCACUGGGUGGCCAUCUGGGCCCCACUGGGGGCAUGGCCCCCACCCCCCGCCUCUCACUGCAGCGGGACCCUGUGCUGGUGGCUCUGGGCUCCCGCAAGAGCAGCGUCAUGUCACUGGGGAGGAUGAGCUAUGACCAGCGCUCCCUGUCCAGCUCCCGGAGCUCCUACUACGGGCCGUGGGGCCGCAGCGGGACCUGGGCCAGCCGCCGCUCCAGCUGGAACAGCCUCAAGCACAAGCCACCGUCGGCCGAGCACGAGUCCUUGCUCUCGGCCGAGCGGGGUGGCGGCGCCCGGGCCUGUGAGGGCGCCCGUGACGAGGGGCCGCCGCGAGCCGCCCCGCUGCACGCCCCGCACGCGCACCACGCGCACCGUGGCCCGCAUGUGGCGCACCGCCACCGCCACCACCGCCGGACGCUCUCCCUCGACACCAGGGACUCGGUGGACCUGGCCGAGCUGGGGCCCGCGGGGGGCGCCCACCCCCGGACAGCCUGGAGGGCGGCGGCCCCGGCCCCGGGGCACGAGGACUGCAAUGGCAGGAUGCCCAGCAUCGCCAAGGACGUCUUCACCAAGAUGAAUGACCGCGGGGAUCGCGAGGAGGAUGAGGAGGAGAUAGACUACACUCUGUGCUUCCGGGUCCGAAAAAUGAUCGACGCUUACAAGCCCGAAUGGUGCCAGGUCAGAGAGGACUGGUCCGUUUAUCUCUUCUCCCCUGAGAACAGGUUCCGGGUCCUAUGCCAGACCAUCAUCGCCCACAAGCUCUUUGACUAUGUCGUCCUGGGCUUCAUCUUCCUCAACUGUAUCACCAUCGCCCUGGAGCGGCCUCAGAUCGAGGCGGGCAGCACAGAACGCAUCUUCCUCACUGUGUCCAACUACAUCUUCACAGCCAUCUUUGUGGGCGAGAUGACACUGAAGGUGGUCUCUCUCGGCCUGUACUUUGGCGAAGAGGCGUACCUGCGCAGCAGCUGGAACGUGCUGGAUGGCUUCCUCGUCUUCGUGUCGAUCAUCGACAUCGUGGUGUCUGUGGCCUCGGCCGGGGGAGCCAAGAUCCUGGGGGUUCUCCGGGUCCUUCGGCUCCUGCGCACCCUACGCCCCCUACGGGUCAUCAGCCGGGCACCCGGACUGAAGCUGGUGGUGGAGACCCUCAUCUCCUCUCUCAAGCCCAUUGGCAACAUUGUCCUCAUCUGCUGUGCCUUCUUCAUCAUCUUCGGCAUCUUGGGGGUGCAGCUCUUCAAGGGCAAGUUCUACCACUGCCUGGGUGUGGACACCCGCAACAUCACCAACCGCUCUGACUGCAUGGCCGCCAACUACCGCUGGGUGCAUCACAAAUACAACUUUGACAACUUGGGUCAGGCCCUGAUGUCCCUCUUUGUCCUGGCCUCCAAGGACGGCUGGGUGAACAUCAUGUACAAUGGACUGGACGCUGUUGCUGUGGACCAGCAGCCCGUGACCAACCACAACCCGUGGAUGCUGCUGUACUUCAUCUCCUUCCUGCUCAUCGUCAGCUUCUUCGUGCUCAACAUGUUUGUGGGCGUCGUCGUGGAGAACUUCCACAAGUGCCGGCAGCACCAGGAGGCCGAGGAGGCGCGGCGGCGUGAGGAGAAGCGGCUGCGGCGCCUUGAAAAGAAGCGCCGGAAGGCCCAACGGCUACCUUACUAUGCUACCUACUGCCCGACCCGGCUGCUCAUCCACUCUAUGUGCACCAGCCACUACCUGGACAUCUUCAUCACCUUCAUCAUCUGCCUCAACGUGGUCACCAUGUCCCUGGAGCACUACAACCAGCCCACGUCCCUGGAGAUAGCCCUCAAGUACUGCAACUACCUGUUCACCACUGUGUUUGUGCUGGAGGCUGUGCUGAAGCUGGUGGCAUUUGGCCUGAGGCGGUUCUUUAAGGACCGGUGGAACCAACUGGACCUGGCCAUUGUGCUACUGUCAGUGAUGGGCAUCACGCUGGAGGAGAUCGAGAUCAAUGCAGCAUUGCCCAUCAACCCCACCAUCAUUCGCAUCAUGCGGGUUCUGCGCAUCGCCCGGGUGCUGAAGCUGUUGAAGAUGGCCACAGGCAUGCGGGCUCUGCUGGACACAGUGGUGCAGGCUCUGCCCCAGGUGGGCAACCUGGGUCUCCUGUUCAUGCUGCUGUUCUUCAUCUAUGCCGCCCUGGGUGUGGAGCUCUUUGGGAAGCUGGUCUGCAAUGACGAGAACCCAUGUGAGGGCAUGAGCCGGCACGCCACCUUCGAGAACUUCGGCAUGGCCUUCCUCACGCUCUUCCAGGUCUCCACCGGCGACAACUGGAACGGGAUCAUGAAGGACACGCUUCGGGACUGCACACACGACGAACGUAGCUGCCUGAGCAGCCUGCAGUUCGUGUCGCCGCUGUACUUCGUCAGCUUCGUGCUCACUGCCCAGUUCGUGCUCAUCAACGUGGUGGUGGCCGUGCUCAUGAAACACCUGGAUGACAGCAACAAAGAGGCCCAGGAGGACGCCGAGAUGGAUGCCGAGAUCGAGCUCGAGAUAGCCCACAGCCUGGGCCCUAGCCUGGGCCCUGGCCUGCGGCCGCCCACCAGCUCCCCAGGGGCACCCAGCCAUGGGCCAGGUGGGGCAGGUGGUGGGGGCGACCCCGAGGGCCACCUGAGCCAGCGCUGCUACUCUCCAGCCCAGGAGAACUUGUGGCUGGACAGCGUCUCUUUAAUCAUCAAGGACUCCUUGGAGGGGGAGCUGACCAUCAUCGACAACCUGUCUGGCUCUGUCUUCCACCACUACUCCUCUACCGCCAGCUGCGAGAAGUGUCACCAUGACAAGCAAGAGGUACAGCUGGCUGAGACAGAGGCCUUCUCCCUGAACUCUGACCGGUCCUCGUCCAUCCUGCUGGGUGAUGGCCUGAGUCUCGAGGACCUCACAGCCUACCCGCCUGGCCCCAAAGAUGGCACGGGUGAGCCAGACCUGCCUGAGCCCGUCCGUGUGGGGGACCUGGGCGAAUGCGUCUGCCCCUUGUCCAAUACGGCUGUCUCGUCAGGCCCAGAGAACUACCUGUGCGAGGUGGAGGCGAUCCCAUUCAACCCUGUCCGGUCCUGGCUGAAACAUGAGAGUGGCCAAGCGCCCCCCAACCCCUUCUCCCUGGAGGCGUCCAGCCCACUCCUGCCCAUGCCUGCUGAGUUCUUCCACCCAGCUGUGUCCGCUGGCCAGAAAGGGCAGGAGAAGGUCGCCGGCCCUGGGACCCUCCCAAAGAUCGCUCUGCAGGGCUCCUGGGCCUCCCUGCGGUCCCCGAGCGUCAACUGCACCCUUCUCCGGCAGGCCACAGAGAGUGACACGUCGCUGGAUGCCAGCCACAGCAGCUCAGUGGGCAGCCUGCAGACCACGCUGGAGGACAGCCUGACCUUGAGCGACAGUCCCCGGCGUGCUCUGGGGCCGCCCAUGCCUGCACUGGGCCCCCGGGCCAGCCUGUCGCCCGCUGCCCGCCGCCGCCUCAGCCUGCGCGGGCUCCGGGCACACCAGCGCAGCCACAGCAGUGGGGGCUCCACCAGCCCUGGCUGCACCCACCACGACUCCAUGGACCCUUCAGACGAGGAGGGAGGCCGGGCCGGUGCGGGCGGUGGGGGCGCGGGCAGCGAGCACUCGGAGACCCUCAGCAGCCUCUCGCUGACCUCCCUCUUCUGCCCGCCGCCCCCACCACCGCCCCCCGGUCUCAGGCCGGCCAGGAAGUUCAGCAGCACCAGCAGCCUGGCCGCUGGCCCUGGCCGCCCUCGCGCCGCCUCGGGCCUGCCCCAAGGCCUGCCCCGGAGCCCCUCGUGGGCUGCAGACCGCAGCAAGGACCCACCGGGCCAGGCCCAGCAGGCCAUAGGCCUGGGCCCCUUGGAGCCCGAGCCGCAGCCACCCCCGGGGGAGCUGGGGGAGCUGGAGGCAGGGGUUGCUGCAAGCAAGAGGAAGAGAUGAGGGGGCCAUGGGGCCAAGCCGGACGCCACCGCCUGCCCGCCCCGUCUCACUUCUUUUACCUCAGGAGCCAGGGAGCAGACAGCAAUACUUUGUCCACACCUGGGAAUUAUGCAGGGGCCAGCCAGCCGCCAGGCCGCCGAGAGGGGAGAUUGAGUAGGGCCUGGGUUAGCCGAGGCUCGGACAUGGCCCCAGCCGUGGCCCAGAGUGGCCCUUCCUGUGCAAAUACAUAUAUAUACAUAUAUAUAGAGAGACAUAUAUAUUUAUUUUUUUUACUGAGAGCUUAUGACUUCCAGAAAGUGCUAAGGUUGGGCAGUGCAGGCCAGGGCCUGGACAGGGGCGGCUUUGUCUGACACUUAGCACCCAGGCCAGACCCACCUGGGCAGAUGUCCUGCCGAGGGGUUGGCAGUCAAGUUUUGGAGCCUCCCCUGGGUUGAGAGUAGCUGGGAGAGGACCCUCAGGUCUUCGAGGGUUUCUUGGCUUGGGAGACAGGCCCAGAGGAAGAAGUGAAAUUCAGGGUGCAUUUUUUUUCCUUUAUAGAAGAAGCGCUGCUAAGAUCCCGCAUCGCCCCCAUGUGUUGGGGUGUCUGUCUUAUUGUUCCUGACCGUCUAGUCGUUGUGAACAGUCUUUUGUAGACACCCCAGGGCACACAAACUCUCUUAGUCAACAGUUAGAUGUCGUUCUCUAGAAAAAGCAGGGGUGAGUAGUCGUAUUUUCGUAGGGCAGGGGGUGGGAGGUGGAGGGCAGCUAUGAGGGUGGGCAGGGGGCUGUGGCCCCAGCUGAGGUCCCCCCCACAAUGGG